AUGCAGCCCUUGAGGUUUAAGUGGGGACUAGACGCCGACAGCAUUUUGCUCACUGAGUGUGAAAAUGUCGGAAUCGCGGUUGAGGCUAGCUGCGAGAUCAGCAAAUCGGAGAUCGACUGGGCCACGUUGAAACGGCUCGCCAUGGCUGAGAUUGUCGCGAGGCUGCUCAAGAAGAACCCAUCGUCGUACCAAAAGAGCGCCGCCGCCGCCGAGAGCCUCCCUGGUCAGCUGAAAGGCCAGUCGGUGGAAGAGCUACUGCAGGUGAGUGAAUUGUCCCUGGUCGCGCGACGCGUUUGA